CCAUCUCCUCCCUCCCUUUACCCCUCUCUCUCUCUCUCUCUCUAAGAUAAUUUCCUCCUCCGCCUUCUCCUUCUCCUCCUUCGCUUUCUUCUCUUCAGCUUUUGGCUGUCUUCUCCUUUUUCUUCUCCCCACCCCGCCUAACUCCCGCGGCCCCCCGUGACCAGCAGCUUUUUCUCCAGUCCCUCAUCGCUCCGUCUCUCUGCCGUCUCCUUCCUUCUCUCCCGCACGUGUUUCCCGAUCAUGGAGUGGGUCCGCGAGCUGUUCGCGACGGCCGUGCUCGCCGUCCUCCUCUCCUUCGUCGUCGCCAAGCUCGUGUCGGUGGCCAUGGCCGGCGGCGACGACGGCGGCGGCGGGAGCGAGGGCGUGGAUCGCGCUCCGGCGGUGGAGGAUGCGAAGUUCGAGGCGAGGCUGAGCUCUCAUCGGGGAUCCCCGAGCGUGGAGGGAGUCGAGCUCGUGCGGGGGACUGCGGGUGAGGUUGAUCGGUUUGGAGGCGAGGCUGCUUCCGUGGAGGGAGAUGGUGAGCCGGUGCGGUGCGGCGAAGAGGUUGGGACGGCGCGUGGGGAGGCGGUGGAGGGAUCGUCGGUGGCUGCUGAAUUGCCGGCCGAAGCAAAGGGGGAGGAGAGUGUCGGUGCGUCGGAGUUAGCCGUGGAGGAAGAGAGCGAAUGUCGUUCCGGUGGGGCCAAAGAAGACGGUGACCGUCCUUCGCUCGAAGGAGAAGACGAGGAGUCGCAACCUCACGUGCCUAAAAGUGCGGAAACGGCGCGAGCAGAGCAGCCAGAGCACGAACGAGAGCAAAUUGAUAAAGAAGGAGAGGUUUUGAGGGUGGGCGACGACGACGACGACGACGACGACGACUGGGAGGGGAUCGAGAGGAGUGAGUUGGAGAAGAAAUUCGCACUGGCGGCGAACUAUGUCGACCCUGCAAACAUGGACGAUCGGGUGGAGAGUGUCGGCAGCGAUGUGAAAAUGCAGCUCUACGGGCUUCACAAAGUGGCCACCGAAGGGCCUUGCCGCGAACCGCAGCCUAUGGCUCUCAUGGUCUCUGCCCGUGCUAAGUGGAAUGCUUGGCAAAGGCUAGGGAACAUGAGCCCGGAUGUGGCAAUGGAGCGAUACAUUUCUCUUCUAGCUGAAAAUAUUCCCUAUUGGGAAGUAGCAAAAACUACUGAUGAGAACAAAUCCGAUGUUGCAAUGCCUGGUGCUCAGGAUUGUAACUUAAGCACUGUUUCAUGCGAUCAACUUAAGUGCACUAAUCUAAGGGAACCAUCUAUGGCAUCUGUUACUGGUCAAAUUGAUCUGAGUAAGGAUGAAAAUCCGUGAACAGGGUUAAAGAGCGAUUGGCAUUACAUUGUUUAUGUCCUUUGACUAAUGGGGAAACUGGAUCUGCUGGGAGUUAUAUAGAUCGGCAGCCACAGUUUGAGGUUCUCCUCCUGUUAAUAUUAUCAAUUGUUUGUCUAGAUCUAAGUCCAUGAUUGUGUUUAAGAAGCUGCGCGUGUGGCACAUAAGCAUGCAUAUGGGUAUGUACAUAGAUAUGGAGUCUGGUUAUAAUGGUCCUUAAAAAGGUUUCUAUGCUGGGGAAACUGUAUGCAUUUACUUUCUGCUUACAGCUUGCCAGUGUUCUGAAUUCUCUAAAUGAUGAAGAGAAUAUGAUUUCGCGUUAUCUUACAAAUGGAAAGGUUCGUUCUUCUGGAUUUCUUGUUGAA